AUGACGCAGCAGAAGAAGCUUGAGAAUCAGCUUCACCUUGUUUUGAUUCCUUUUAUGACCCCAGGUCAUCUUCUUCCCAUGGUGGACAUGGCUACAUUGUUGGCUCGCCAGAAUCUGAUGAAGGUGACCAUAGUCACCACACCUCUUAAUGCAGUUCGAGUCAGAGCCACCAUUGACAGAGAGAUCCGGUCUGGUUCAUCUAACCUUCAUAUUCAACUCUUUCAGUUCCCAAAUGCUGAGGCUGGUUUGCCUGAGGGAUGUGAGAGUUUCGAUGCCUUACCUUCCACAGAUCUUCGAUUUAACUUCAUGAAAGCUGUGCUUAUGUUGCAGAAGCCACUUGAACAAGUCUUUGAAAAGCUUAAUCCAACUCCGACCUGCGUCAUGUAUGACCCUUAUGUUCCUUCUGCAGCUUCUGCUGCUAAGAAAUUCAGAGUUCCAGGAAUAACAUUCGAUGGAACUAACUGUUUCAAAAUGCUGUGCAAUCAUAAUCUGCAAAGUUCCAAGGUGUACAAGGACGUGUCUGAUUCAGAACCAUUCUUUGUCCCUGGAUUGCCCCAUAAGAUGUCGUUUAAAAGAUCUCAGCUUCACCCAUUUUUUAAUGUCACCACGAAGCCUGACGAAGAGUAUCGUGACAAAGUAUGGGAAUCUGAAAAAGAAGCAUUUGGGGUGAUAGUGAAUAGCUUUGAAGAGUUGGAACCUGAGUACCUGAAAGAAUACAGAGAAGUCACAGGAAAGAAGGUUUAUUGUAUUGGUCCUGUGUCCCUAUCCAACAUGGACAAGGCUCAAAGAGGCAAGAUAGAGUCCUCCAACGAAGAAGAACAAGAUAAUGACUGCUUAAAAUGGCUUGAUUCAUGGCCUGCAAGAUCUGUAAUCUAUGUUUGCCUUGGAAGCUUAAACUGUGUACCACCAGAACAACUGAUGGAGCUAGGUUUAGGACUGGAAGCCACAGACAGACCAUUCAUUUUGGUGCUGAGAGGAGCAUACAAAAGAGAAGAAAUGGAGAAUCUACUGAAGGAAGAUGGAUUAGAGGAGAGAGUGAAAGGAAGAGGACUCAUAAUAAGAGGUUGGGUGCCUCAAGUUCUGAUACUGUCACACAAAGCCAUAGGAUCAUUCUUAACACACUGUGGAUGGAACUCAACACUUGAAGGGAUCAGUUAUGGAGUGCCAUUAAUAACAUUUCCUAUGUUUGCUGAACAAUUUUAUAACGAGAAGGUUGUUGUGGAGGUGUUGCAGACAGGUGUGAAGGUGGGAGCUGAGAGUACUAUGAAUUUUGGGGAAGAAGAGAAUUAUGGUGUGAAGGUGAAAAGGGAGAAAGUGAAGGAGGCUAUAGAGAAAGUGAUGGGUGAAGAAGAUGAAGAAAGUGAAAGGAUAAGAGAAAGAGCAAGGAAUUAUGCAGAGAAAGCAAAGAAGGCAGUGGAGAAAGGUGGAUCCUCUCGUCUGAAUAUGUCAGUUCUGAUUCAAGACAUGAUACAACAGCGACAGGUCAUAGGAUUUAAUAAUUGA